AUGGAGCCAGCAGCUGAGACCAUCAAUGUCGCAUCAAAUUCCUCUUCGUUACCGCAGUUGGAGACGGCAACAACGAGGGAAAAGAAGCGGCUCUUCAUGAUGCAGCGUGCAGAGCGCCUCAAAGACCCGAAAAUGCGUCAUAUGGGCAUCGACAAGGAGGCGCUUGACAGGCAGGUCCGUGAAAGGGAGGCGCUUCGACAGCUGGAGAAAGAGCGGAACGACUUUUAUGACCGACAAGCCCUUCUGAUGGAUCGCCAUGCUCAGGCACUUCAGAAGGAGGUUAACGAGAUACGAGCAAACCGUGAAAAGCAAUUGCUUGACUACCGUGAAACCUACCAGAAGAAGGAAACGCAGCGCGAGUGGGACCUCAACGAUCCCCACUGGAAGGCGAAGGAUUUACCGGGCCGUGUUGGCGACAACGAUCCCCGAACUGGGGUUUCUUCUCUCCAAAAAUUUGAAGGUGAGGACUUGGAUUACAAGAAUCGUCGGGCUGCUCAGCAGCGCCAACAGCGCGAGUGGGCGCGGCAGCAAACGGAGGAGAAACUCGCGAAGAAGUGGAUGGAGGAGGAGGCAAACCGUGUCUUCGAUGAACGAAACGAGGAGACCAACCGCCGUAUCUACGAUAUAGAGCAGGGUAUCGCCGAGCAGCGCAGGAUGAUCCAUAAGAACCAAGCAGAAUUUAAUAAAGCCCUCGCCGAGCAAAAGCGCCGUGAGGCCAUUCGAGACAAGGAGGAGGACACCCGCAAGGCCCUUGAGGAAAUUCGUUUCCACAUGGAGGGUGAUUUCCUUAACGAAACCGAGACGGUCGUGAGCGAGCUUGGAAAGAAGGUGAAGGCGGAGCGCUACAAAGGCAUGACAGAGGAGCAGAAGCGUAAGUUUCUUGAGGAUCGGGCGAGACAACGCGAUCUUUUGCGGCGUCGCCGGUUUAUGGAAGUCGAGGAAGAACGGCGGUGGGCCCAGCAGGACAACUUGCAGCUUCGCAUGGCCAACGCUUUGGAAAGGCAGAAGGAACGUGAACGGCAUGCAGAAAGGUUGAGCAUUGCUGCCGAGCAGAUGAAGCAGAGGGAGGCAUCACAAAUUCGCAAGAAGCAACUAGACGAGUUGUACACCAAUCAGGUAGAUGAAGACUAUUUCAAGUAUUGGGAUCUCUGUAUGUAG